CAUCAGUUCAGUUCAAUCGCACUGCCUAAUCCCAGUACAAGCACACAAUGUUCAAGACAAUUUCCUUCUCGUUGGCAUUCCUCGUGGUCCUGUGCGUCCUGGCAACCAUUGGCUCGGCGAACGAGUCCCGUCAACGUUUGUGCAGCGCCCGAUUGAACGACAUGCUGGCCAGACUGUGCACAAAUGGAUACAAUGGAAAAAUGGAUAAAAAGCGCAGCAACACUUUGAUGGACCUGGACCCUCUCGAUCCCAUUCAGUAUAUUGAACAGAAGGAAUCUGAGGAUAGCUCCGAUCUCGACCUUCCAUUGACAAAUGCCCGCUUCAGGAACAUGUUUCAACAGGAGCGUGCCCUCAGCUCCCUGACUGCCACACGACGACGCACUCGAGAACGGAUCGUAGAUGAAUGCUGCAACAGAUCAUGCCGCAUUUCUGAGCUACAGGCUUACUGCGCCGCCUAGAUCCCGAUACUAGCACCUUUUUAGCACCGCGAUCAGAGUACACUUUGGAACAGAUACAACCUUGAAUAGAACCUUUUAUACCCCUCUAUAAUGUAUUUAUAUUAGAAACGCUUUAAAUAAAAGUCAACUGCAUAAACAAA